AUGGGAAUUCAUUAACUUAUGCAAUUUCUGAAAGAAAAAGCACCCAAUUGUUUUAGGACUUUGAUGCUCGACUAUUUUGCAGGCAGAACUAUCGGUUGUGAUGCAUCUAUGGCUAUGUAUUAGUUUUUAAUUUAAACACAAUCUGCGGGAUAAACACAAAUUAUAGAGUUGACAGAUAAGGAUGGUAACCGAACUGGACAUCUGGUUGGGUUAUUUAAUAGAACAUUGCAAUUUCUUGAGAAUGGAAUUAAACCUGUUUGGGUAUUUGAUGGAAAACCACCUUUAUUAAAAAGUGGUGAGUUGGCAAGAAGAAAGAAAUUAAAAGAGGAGGCUUAAGUCAAAACUGAAUUGGCUCUUGAACAGGGUGAUAUGCAAUAGGCUUUGCUUCAACAUCAAAGGACCACCACUAUAUCUAGUGUCAUGAAAGAAGAUGCAAUCAAAAUGCUCAAAUUAAUGGGAUGUCCUGUUAUUAUAGCACCCUGUGAAGCAGAAGCUUAAUGUGCUGAAUUGUGUAGAGCAGGAAAGAUAUAUGCUACAGCCACUGAGGAUAUGGAUGCUUUGACUUUCAGAACACCAGUGUUAUUAAGAGGGUUCAAUACAAAGAAGGAACCAAUUUAUGAAAUAAUUUAUGAUGAUAUGAUGAAAGAGUUAGAAAUAACAUACGAGUAAUUCGUAGAUCUAUGCAUUUUAUGUGGAUGCGAUUAUACUGAAAAGAUUGAAGGCAUUGGUCCUGGAACAGCUUAUAAGUUAAUAAAAGAGUUCAAAAGCAUAGAGGGAAUUUUGGAGCAUGUUUAAAAAGUCAAUGCAGAAAGAGAAAAAAAUAAAUAAAAUCCUAAAUAUACAGUACCUACAAAAUUUCUGUAUUAAGACAGUCGAGAAUUAUUUAUAACCCCAUUAGUUUAAAAGGGAGAAGAAAUUUAAUUAACUUGGAACAAACCAGAUGUUGAGAAUCUUAAAAAGUUCCUAGUUGAAGAAAAAGGGUUUGCAGAAUCAAGAAUCGAUAAUGGACUUAAAAGGAUUGCUAAAAAGGAUACUACUGGUUUCUAAAGUAGAUUGGAGAAUUUCUUUGGUAAAACUACAAAAAUAAUUCAUCCAAACAACAGCAAAGCAAAAGGAAAAGCCAAUAAAAAGAAUGAAUAAACUUAAAAAUCUGGUGGAAAGAAAAAAAUUUGA